AUUACUGAUUACAUACUCUUUGGAGUAGGUAUGUAAUCACGUUUUGUUUGGGCUUUAGAAUUUGUUACUCGAAAAAUAUAGAAUAAUGUGUUUCAAACCCAAUAUUUAUAUUCAAGAAGUGAUUUAAUAUAUAUGCAUUCGCGAAAAGUUUUCAAUUCGUCAGUACGUAAAAAUGUUUAAUUACAAGUAUCUCAGUCGGGAACACCUCGAUGGAUUCGACAAUUAUAAGUAUAUGUCAAAAGAUACAAGUCCACUAAGUGUGUAUGUGAUGCAUCCUUUUUGGAAUAAAGUUGUUGAGUAUGUACCGCGAUGGGUGGCGCCAAACGUCCUAACGUUCGUUGGAUUUCUGUUGACUGUACUCGACUUUUUGCUGCUGUCGUAUUACGAUUACGACUAUUUAGCGGCCAGUGCCAGAGUCCACAAUGAAACGACGCCGUCGUCGGAACCACUGAAUGGGCACACUGAGAUAAUACCACAGUCAUUGUGGUACAUAUUAGCCAUCUUCCUAUUUGUCGCGUACACACUAGAUGGUAUCGACGGCAAGCAAGCGCGGCGUACUCAAACUUCAGGACCCUUAGGAGAACUAUUUGACCAUGGGCUCGAUUCUUACUCGGUAUUCUUCAUACCUGCCUGUCUUUACUCAAUUUAUGGUCGAAAAGAUUUCUCCAUAUCACCAUUACGAAUGUAUUACAUAAUGUGGAAUCUUCUAGUCAACUUUUACUUGAGUCACUGGGAGAAAUAUAAUACUGGCGUAUUAUUUCUGCCCUGGGGCUACGACUUCAGUAUGUGGACGUCAACAUUCGUGUUUCUAUGGACGGGGGUGAAAGGCACCAGUUUCUAUAAGCGCUACAUAUUCGGCAGCUACACUCUCGCCAACGCCUUCGAAUGGCUCAUAUAUGCUACGGGAGUGUUCACUAAUCUACCAGUUGCUCUCUACAACACCUACCUGUCAUACAAACUACGUACAGGCAAAAUGCGUUCAACUACGGAAGCGUUACGGCCGUUAUGGUCGUUAUUGAGUAUGUUCAUAGUAUGUACUAUUUGGGUUCACAAAUCUGAUCGGUUGCCGGACUGUGACCCGCGCGCGCUUUUCCUUCUAAUUGGGACGCUCUUUAGCAAUGUAGCGUGUCGUCUCAUCGUAAGUCAAAUGAGCAAUCAGCGAUGCGAGGUGGUCAACUGGUUGCUGUGGCCGCUGUCGAUGGCCACCGUGCUCUCCCUCGCACUACCGCAGUAUGAGCUGUCAGUGUUCUACGCGAUGACCAGCUUAAGUGUCCUUGCGCACAUACACUACGGAACCUGCGUGGUUAGACAAAUGUGCGAUCACUUCAGAAUAAGCUGUUUCCACAUAAAACAACGAGCGGAUUGACUUUUAGAUGACAAUGCGUGCUGAAUACAUAACAUACUAAAGCCAUUAUCACAAUUCAAUAGUUUUUCAUUGCAAAUUGAACUUUAUGUCAACGCCAUAAAAACCAGUUACUUUAUUGCCAUUAUUGCCUAAAGAGAUUGAUGAACAAUCUUUACUUGAAAAAAAAAGUACUACUUUCUCAGAACAAUAAGUUAUUAUGGCGUGAUACAUAAAGAUUAUUGAGCAAUGAAAUCAACCAUGGCAUUCACAUAAUUCGUGCUGAAACAUAUACACACACCUAUGAAUAUAAGAAUAUCGACAUAUAGCGUGAGACUGAUUGUAAAAAUUUUGAGAUGGUUACUAGUGAAAAAAAUAUGUUAUAAGUACCUACCACGAAUUUAAAAGCAUUGCAAAAAUCAAAGUUAGCUAUUACACAAAGCAGAUUGUGUUUGUUUUAAAUUGUUAUUUAUAAAAACAAACUAAACGUUAAAUAAUUUUCGUAAAUCGUAAUGAUACAAAACCUUGACGAGGCACGACAACGUUUUUGUUAUUUCCGAAAACAAACUAGAGUUUUUCUUUCAAUUCUAUUUUUAAGACGAUAGUAAUUCUUUUCCUUGCAAAAUAAUAAUAAUCAGUCUUUUAAAAAAAUGUAUUUUUUUUUAAUCUAAUAAUAUAUUAAUAAACACCACCGUCUUUUAUCUGUAAAUAAUUAUAAUAAUCUUGUUUUAUCAGCACUGAUGUUUUUGAUGUUGUUUAUAUAAGAAUGUGUAUGAAAUGACAUUGUGGUUAAUUCUGUUGACGAUUUCUAAACUAAAUGGACAGAUCUGAACGUAUUGUUAUAUCUUUCAUAAUAUUCCCUAUGGAAAAGGAUAGCAUUCGAUUUAGGCCUCUCAGAUUAGUUAAGAUAUUAUUGUGUAUGUUCACAUAUGCACAACAGAAUUAACACUAUGAAUAAAAUUAUUAUAUCUUUUUUCUAUAAUUUUUAUUAUUCAGUGUACACUCUUAAUUUAAAUGCUUAAAGCACGCAUUGUCUAUGGAUUAUUUAAAAAUAAUUUUAAGCGUCUAUGUGUUUUAUUUUAUAUUAAUUACAAUAAUUUAAGGAUAUCCUCAUUAUACACUAUAUACCAAAAUCGAAAGAAAUUAUUAUUAUUUUCAUAUGAAUUACAAAAUACUGAUUGUUAUGAUAAUAUUCAUGAUAAGGCCAUGGACAAACCUUGCAGGAAAUCGCGCGCGUAAUUCUGUUUUCGUUCAAUUUAACGCAUUGAAAUAUCAGAACGCGCCAUAUCAGCGCUGAAAGUUUUGGCGCGCAAAACUCCGCUCGCGAUAUUUUGCUAGAUUUGUCCUUGGCCUUUAACAUAAUAUAAAGAAUAUUUUAUGCGAAUAACCAUGUACGCAAAACCUGAAUAAAGCUGAUCUCCCAUCUAGUCGCACGUCCAGUAUGCAACGCAUUUUUAUUUCGUCAGUUAUAUUAUUAUAGUUUAUUGUAGCUAUAUGAGCGAUCAGCUUUAACGAAUUUAACAAUUAUAUUUUAUUCUUGUAUUUUAGUAAUAUCAUACUAUUUUUAGAGAGUUUUGUUCAUAAGAUUGUCACUUGACGAUAAAAAUGGAUCGUACACGAGUCGAGCCGCAAGAGGUCAGAAGCAACGCAUUUAAUGAAAAUGCCAUCCUUGUAUGGAAGGUGAAUUCCCACCUUUGUCCAGCUGUGGACGUCGUAUCGGAUGAUUAUGAUCCAUAUAUUUUCAUUGCCGAAUUUCAGUAAAAUUCAGAAUAAAAAAUUCGCCACGUGCGGCUCGACUAACUAUAAUGUAAUAUACGAUCAGCAAAAGUACGCAAAGCGGUUGCGCGCGCAGUAUUUUUGUGGUUACAUAUCUGUGUUUUAUAAUACUCGAUGCUUAAAGCUAAUAGAUUUUAUUUAAUAGACAAGGGAAUAUAAAAUGCUUAGAAUAGAUUCUGAAAUGUUUCUUGACAGGAUAAUAUUAUUUAUUACAUUAUGAUUAUAGACUAUACAGUGGAUUCGCUCAUGAAUGAAGAGGGAAUUAAAUCACAGAAAUCAGACUCAACUAGAAGUGCCAAUGAUGAGUCAUUCAAUAUUUUUCUUAUUUCUAUACCUACUAAUAUCUUUUACUUUUAUAUAACUGUUAGUUAUAAUUAAUAUAGUUAAAUUAAUGUUAAAUGUUAGGGAAAAAGUUUUUUUACAACAAAUGUGUUAUUUUUAGCUACAUAUGCUAUUGGCAGUAUUUUACAAUUUAUGACAAAAUAUAUUUCUUAUUUAUUUUGUUGUUCGUUUUGUUUGUUAGUAUUUAGUUUUUAAUCCCAGUAUUGUAAGGAAAAAAAUUGUAAAUACGAAUUUACCUCUUAAGUUAUGGAAUCCUAUCAUAGUAGGUCGGUAUAUUUUUUACAAAGUGAAAAAUAAAACUAUCGAUCAGCUCUUUGACAUUUUUAUCAAGAUUAAUUUGUAUAAAUAACUUUACUGAAAAUUUCAGUAUUAUUAGUAAGAACUAUUAGUGGGUAUCUGCAUAGGUAGGGUAGUUGGACCAAUAGAUGAACGAAUAAGCUGAAUUCAACUUGUUAUAAUUACCUAUUCUCAAACCUCAUGAACUGAAUUCUUAAUGUUUUGCUGCACAGCAUAAGCUGGGUAGGUAAUAGAUUAAUUAGUUAUUUUUAUUUUUUCUAAAUGAACGCAAACUAGGCUAAAAUUGCAAAAAUAUUGAAAAAGUGCCUCCUACAAUGAUUGUGACUGAUGUAUCCCUAAGUAUGACUGAAAUCCGCCCUAUUUAUGAACUAAAAAAAUUAAAAGGCGAUUUUUUUUUUAAAUUAUUUCAGUAUGAUUUGGCUUGCAAAUAAAGUAGGUAAUUAAAAUUCCCUUUAUUCUAAUUAAGACCAGGACAAAAUGUAAUUUUAAGCAAUAUAAAAUGCAUGAUUUAAUGUUUAAAAAAAUAGUGGUUCAGAAUAAUAAAAUCUUACUACUUCUAUUCUAUUAUCUAUUACUAUUCUUACUAAUUUUACUCAAAAAGAAUAAAGCAUGUACGAAAAAUGUAUUUCUAUUGCCGCUUUAUCAGCAAAUAAUGAAUAUUUCAAAAAGACUGAGAUAAGCAAAAAAAAAGUACACCAAAAGCCAGUGCUAAGUUGUAUGUGGUAAAUAAUUAAAUAAAAACAGAUUUGUUCAUCUACUGGGUGCCGGUCAACUAUUGGUCCGGGCACCCUACAAUCAAAUCAAUUAUUUUUUAUAUUAUAAAUAAGUAAAAAGAGGCAUUUUUAUUUACCUUGUACUUUAUAAAUUUACCUUCUGAAAAUAGACUAUUGAGUAUAUUCUUAUAUUUUAAUUUUUAACUAAGUAAUAAUAUGGUGAUUGAUGAUUCUGCCAUUGCAGUUGUAAAAAUCAAAAUGAAAGCAGUGUUAAGAAUUUCAUGAGCAAUUAUGAUAGGCGAUGAAAUGGAAUUCUGUACAUAACUAAUU